UUAAAAUCAAACAUUUUUACAUAUAAAAUCACGACCCUUUUGAUUUAAUUAGACUCAGGUGGCAUAAAUUAAUGCCCUCCUCAAAACAUUUGGUGACCCCGACGUGAUCUUUGUGUUAGUAAAAGUGUUUUAAUAAAACAAUUAUAGUGGCAUAGUUCUUUUUGCAAUUCGGCAAAAAGACAUACAUACAAGCAUACAUAUAUAUUUGCACUUGUUACCUUUUGCAUAUAGGUGCAAAGGUCGACGCACGCCUACAAACUUUCGCGCGUUUUUGUUUGUAUAUAAGCACAUAUAUACAUUAAUUUUUGCAUUUGCUUCCCUAUCACAAUUCGGUGAAGGGUUCGACGUGCAUUUGCAAACUUUGCCGCGUUUUGUUUCUUUGGGCAUCUCAGUGCAUUUGUUGUUGGUGUUUUACAGUGCUAGCUAAUACAUAGUGCAUAGAAAAUAUAUAAGCAAUUUAAGCGGUCAUUGCUUACAGUUUCUUUGCAUUUUCGUUUCGGUUUUGAGUACAGUUCGCACAAGCGGUAUUCGGUGGUUGUGAGUGACUUUUGAAUACUCUUUUUGAAAAAAAUAAAAUCAUGAUGGCGGAAAAUGAUACUCCCACUCUACGUGCCGUGUCGGUUUCAAGCGAUUUUGACUUUUAUAAAUCCAAAGUAGAGUCAAUAACCCGUCAAUUAGUGGCUUUGAACGGUUUUCUAAAUUCCGAUGGUGUGGCCAAUUUUGAUGAAGCAGACUUCCAAGCGCGUGCGAAAUUAGUGGAAAAGAUGCAAACCAAUUUCGACACUGCUCAGACAAUGGUGGAGAAGUUAAAUUUGCUCGAAUUGGCCACCGAUACGCGAUCCAACUUCGAUCAAUUGUGUUGCGAAGUGGAUUCAAAAAUUUCUCGGGAACUCGCCAAGUUGCGCAGAGUGUCGGUGAUAAACUCCACGCCAAUAUCAACCUUCAAUAGUGAACGAAGUUCAUCCAGAAGUUUUGCGCAUACUUCCAGACUGCCUGAGCUCAAGUUGCCAAAAUUUAGUGGCGCCUAUGUUGACUGGCCUGGAUUUUACGGCACGUUCAAGACCGUAGUUGGCAACAUGGAUGGCGUAUGUAAGCUGGAGAAGUUCCAGCAUCUUCGUUCCUGCUUAGACGGCGCAGCGCUGGACACCAUUCGUGCUUUGGAGCUUACUGAGGACAACUAUGACAAAGCCAUCGACUUGCUAAUUUCGAGAUUUGAUAACAAACUCUUGCAUUUUCAGGCACAUAUUCGGUCUCUGUUUGGGCUUUCAGGUGUGGAGAGAGGUUCUGCAGUCAGUUUGCGGCAGCUCAGCGAUCAAAUGAAUUCGCAUUUGCGCUCUCUUAAUUCGAUGGCAACCACGCAGGAGAUUUUGGAUGGCUUGUUAAUUCACUUGGUCACCUCGAAACUGGAUCAAAAUACGCAGGAGAAAUGGGAGGAAGGAUUGCAAUCGAGCAAGCUGCUGAAGUGGACGGAUAUGGCAGCCUUCAUGGAAAAAAGAUGCCGUAUGCUGGAAAAUUUGGAAUAUGCCACGGUAACCCAAGCACCGGGCAAGCAGGAUUGCUCAAAUUCAGGAUCGCACCAAGGAUAUGAAAUGGCACCAUGUACCAACCGAUGUCAAUCCGGCUGACAUAUUGUCAAGAGGAUGCACACCACUCGAGCUACUGGAAUCAAAAUUAUGGCGUGAAGGGCCGCCAUUCUUGAAAUUGGACCCCU